AUGGCAACUUUAGUUCCUCCGAGCAGUGAAUUACGGUUGGUUCAUAGCAUCUGUGGGGUGGUGGUAAAGGGAUGCUGGGGCAAUCUCCUGAAACCGAAGAUUGACACUAAUCUCACUGCAAUUAGGCUCCGAGAGGUACUCCUGCAACUCUCUGCGUAUAGCUACAGUCCCUGUCUUGCGUGGGAGUUGUUUCGGUGGAUUGAGUCGUCCAUUCCGAACUAUAAGCACCCCGUACAAUCCUCAUGGACUAUGAUACACAUAUUAACCAAGCACAAACACUUCAAGACUGCACACCACCUGCUCGAGAAAAUAGCUCACAAGGAUUUCUUGUCGAGCCCUUCUGUGUUAACUGCUUUGGUGAGGACUCAUGAUGACCCGGAUGUGAAUUCCCACGUUUUGAGCUGGCUUGUGAUAGUGUAUGGUAGUUCCAGGAUGACCCACGAGGCAGUGCAGGUUUUCGAGCACAUGAGGGACAGUGGCUUCAAGCCGCAUUUGCAUGCCUGCACCGUGUUGUUGAAUGCUUUGGUUAAGGAUAAGUUAACUGAUAUGGUGUGGAAAGUCUAUAAGAAAAUGGUUAAAGUUGGCGUAGUCGCCAAUGUCCAUGUUUUCAAUGUGUUGAUUCAUGCUUGUUGCAAGUCUGGAGAUGCGGAGAAGGCAGAGAAGUUCUUGACUGAAAUGGAGUUGAAUGGUGUUCUUCCUGAUCUUUUCACUUUCAAUACACUUAUUUCCUUGUAUUGUAAAAAGGGGAUGCACUACGAAGCAUUGUCCGUUCAAGAUAGGAUGGAAACGGCUGGGAUUUCUCCUGAUAUUGUUACUUAUAAUUCUCUGAUCUAUGCAUACAGUAGAGAAGGUAGAAUGAGGGAGGCUAUGAGGCUUUUUAAGGAAAUUAAAGAUGCAGUCCCCAACCAUGUGACUUAUACUACUUUAAUUGACGGUUACUGUAGGUUGAAUGACCUUGAAUCAGCCUUGAGUUUGCGAGAUUCCAUGGCUGAUAAAGGGCUCUAUCCCACAGUUGUGACUUAUAAUUCAAUUCUCCGCAAAUUGUGUGAGGGAGACAGGAUAAGGGAUGCAAAUAAACUCUUGAUCGAGAUGGGUGAAAGAAAUAUCGAACCAGAUAAUGUUACAUGCAACACCUUAAUCAAUGCGUACUGUAAAAUAGGAGAUAUGGCAUCAGCUUUGAAGGUGAAAGACAAGAUGAUUGGAGCAGGUUUGAAGCUUGACCAGUUUACAUACAAGGCAUUGAUCCAUGGGUUCUGCAAGGCACGAGAUAUGAAAUGCUCUACAGAGUACUUAUUCAGCAUGCUUAGUGCUGGCUUUCCUCCUAAUUACUGCACCUAUUCAUGGUUUGUAGAUGUUCAUUGUGAUCACCAGAAGGAAGAGGAGAUUAUCAAACUCCCUGAUGAAUUUCUGAAUAAAGGUCUCUGUGUUGAUGUUUCGCUGUACAGGGCUCUAAUAAGGAGGUUUUGUAAAAUAGAGAAGGUUGAUUGUGCUAAGAAAAUAUUUGGUCUUAUGAAAGAGAAAGGCAUAUCAGGGGAUAGUGUGAUAUAUACCAGUUUAGCGUAUGCACAAUGGAAAUCAGGGAAUGUGAGCGUUGCUUCAGAUCUGUUGGAUGAAAUGUACAAGAAAAGGCUGAUGAUUACUCUAAAACUAUAUCGGAGCUUCAGUGCUUCUUUUGCUGGUGAUGACAAGAUCUUAGGUCUCUUCUGGAGUCAUGUGGUUGAUAGGCAUCUUAUGUCAAAGAACACGCUGAAAGAUCUUCAGUAA